GAUAAUUCAUUGACCAUACAUUACAUCAGACACGUCAAGCUGUAUUUCUUGGAUGCAGUUUUGCUAUAUAACAUAUUCAGGCCUUUUGUAAAUACAUUUUUUUUUAUUUGCGUAUUCUUCCUGGAAAACAUUUAGUUUUAAUAUUAAUGGAAGACCAGGCGAUUAAAAUUGACUAUUUUUCACCAACUGGCUCCAGCAAUGUGACGCAACAAAAACUGGAUGUAAUUCAAGAAGAUAAAAGUCCUCUAAAAGCUUUUGGUCAGGUCUUGCUUUGCAAAGUGUGCUCUGAUUCAAGCAUUGGCAAACACUAUGGCAUUUAUGCUUGCAAUGGCUGCAGCGGCUUCUUUAAACGUAGCGUUCGACGAAGACUCAUCUACAGGUGUCAGGCUGGGACAGGCAGAUGUCCCGUUGACAAAGCUCACCGGAACCAGUGCCAGGCUUGCCGACUAAAAAAGUGUCUCCAAGCUGGAAUGAACAAAGAUGCGGUGCAGAAUGAGCUUCAGCCUCGAAGCACAGCACAUAUUAGUUUUGACUCCAUAAAUAUGGAGGCAAAGAAAGAAGAUCUAGCUACCACACAGGGGCUCAUCACUUCUGACUGCUACUCAUCUGUUAGGUUUAGGCCUCCAGUAACAUUGUCUGCAACCGGUUCUGCAUCUAUACGGCCCCACAGCAACCAAAAUACCCACCGCUUUAUGGUCCGCCUACUGACUGCAGAGACUUGUACCAAGCUAGAUCCAGAGGACGAUGAGGAAAAUAUUGAUGUAACGACAAACGAUGCAGAGAAUGACAGCUCUUCAUCAGACUGCAGCAGGCUCACAUACACCUCCGGCCCUUCAGAGAGCUUCUAUGAGACAUCAGCUCGACUCCUUUUCAUGUCUGUGAAGUGGGCAAAGAAUUUGGCAGUGUUUGCUCAAUUGCCAUUUCGGGACCAGGUUAUUCUUCUGGAGGAAGCUUGGAGUGAGAUGUUCCUUCUGUGUGCCAUCCAGAUGUCACUUCCAAUGGACAGAUGUUUAAUUAUGUCUCCAGAACUUUCUCCCUCUAAUGAAGCAAAGACCAAAAUUGCUUCGUCUGAGCUGCAGAUUCUUGAAGAUGUAUUCAAUCGUUUCAAGACUUUGGUUGUCGAUCCUACGGAAUUUGCAUGUCUGAAAGCAAUAGUUUUGUUCAAGCCAGAGACACGCAGCCUCAAAGACUCUGGACAGGUUGAAGAUCUACAGGACCAGUCUCACUUGUUAUUGGGUCAGCACAUUCAGUCGGUGUAUCCCAGUCAGGCUGCAAGGUUUGGGAGGCUCUUACUUCUGUUGCCGUCUCUUCGUUUUGUGAGUCCAAGUAAAGUCGAGCGGCUGUUCUUCCACAGCACAAUAGGCAACACACCCAUGGAGAAGCUGCUGUGUGAUAUGUUCAAAAACUGAGCAAGCAUCAACAGAAGAUUCUCUAACACUCAUUUUAUUCACAUUCCUGUGGAAUCCUUCUAUGUCUUAGCAGUAAAAUUUUAUGUCAUCUAGAUAAUUUUCAACAUGAGUAUCUAGCUCUUUUAGUAACUUAUUUCAGGAAUCUUUCAGAAAGGCUCUUGUUUAUUUUUGUGACAGUAAAAUUUUAAAAUGUUUUGUAAAUAUCCUGAUUUGUUCCAUCAUGCACAUAAAUACCACUUUAUACUCUACUAUCAGUUUAACUUCAGGAUACUUCAGACUAACUCAAGCUUUCCGUGGCAAAAGAAUGUCUUUUUUUCAUAGCAUGUAUUUGUGAAUAACUUUUCCUUCAAUAAAAUGUAAAAUGUGGUGUUUAUUUUCCUUAAUUCUCCAAACAUAAGGAGAGUUUUUUGUGUUUUAUUGAACACAAAGGAAUUAUAACCUUGCAAUUUUACAAAAAGGGCAACCUCGAUCAAAACAUAAGACUAUAGGGGAGGGUCUGAGGCAUAAAGGAUCUUUUUGUUUUGCUUUUAAUGAAACAACAUUAAGCUAGCUAAUUUUUUAAGUCCAUACAAAUUUGGCCAAUAUAGAACAAUUUGAAAACAUGAUGUCAUAGUCCACCUAUAACUUCCUUUUUGAUAUAAAGUAACUAUAAAAAGCUCUUUGGGUUCUAUUUGUUUGUGUAGUUCAAUGACGAAGAAAAUAAAAAUCUGUACAAUUGGUCAU